UCUAACUAUUACAGCUGAGAGAGAAACAGCGGUGGAUUUUACGAUGCCAUUCAUGAAUUUAGGUAUCAGUAUUCUAUACCAAAAACCAAAAGCAGCACCACCUAGCCUUAUGUCUUUUUUAUUACCAUUCUCAGCAAACGUAUGGUUAUACUUAAUUGUUGUGUACUUAGUUGUAUCAAUUUUGUUUUUUGUCAUUGGAAGAACGUCUACAGAUGAAUGGAACAAUAUCUAUCCAUGUGUUGAAGAACCAGAUAAACUUGAAAACCAAUUUACAAUUCAAAACUCAUUAUGGUUUUGUAUGGGAGCCAUUAUGCAGCAAGGCUCAGAAAUUGCUCCAAUGUAAAUAUUUUAUGUUACA